AUGAUCCGGAGGUCAACGCUAAGGGGGAUGAGCAUCCCCGGAAUACUGGAACGCACUAUCGUGUCCCUAUUCGCAGACGACACAUCAGUCAUCCUACACCACCUUGACAAAUUCGAAGACCUCACCGCGAUACUAGACGAGUGGUGCGCCGCAUCAGGCGCAAAAUUCAACGUGCUGAAAACCGCGGUGAUACCACUAGGCCCGGAGCAAUACAGGGCGGAAGUAGUAGCGACGCGCAGGCUAGCCGCCGGCAACAACUGCAUCCCGGACGGCAUAAAGAUCGCGAGCGACGGCGAGGCAAUACGUUUCCUGGGGGCCUGGAUCGGAAACGGAGCCGACGACGCUACCCCGUGGGGACCAACCCUAGAAAAGAUCGACGCGGCGCUAGGCAGAUGGGAGAGGAGUCAUCCAACACUGGAAGGAAGGCGCCUAAUAGUCCAAAUGGUGGUAGGAGGAAUGAGCCAAUACCUAACUAAAGUCCAGGGAAUGCCGGUAGAAAUCGAAAAGACACUGACGAAAAAGAUACAGACCUUCGUCUGGAACUCACCCAAAACCCCACCAAUCAACAAAGACACGAUGGCUAGGCCCAUCUUAGAGGGA